UACAUACUCGGAAACAAUGACCCAUUGAUCCGCCCACUCAUUUUCGGACCCUUAAUUUUCUAAGUCCACUUCAGUCUCGCUCAUCUGCAACAGAAAACUCCGACCACAAUGGACUUACUGGGCGACGACGGAAGAGGCUACGAGCUCGCGAGGAAGCUCGAAAGCCAUGACGUGUGGCGUUCAUGGCUCGGCGACUCACUCUACGCUAACUUCCUUCACUUUCUCGCCUCACCAACCUCAUGGGACUCCUUCAUGAGAACCGAUGAAUCCAAAACUAGGGCUCAGAUCCAACUCCAACUACGAGUUCGGGCUCUGAUCUUCGAUAAAGCCUCCGUUUCGCUCUUCCUCCGAUCCAAUAGGUGUUCUUCAUCCCCGUCCUCUUCAAUUCCUUGUUCCGCUGUAGUUUCGAAGCUCAAUCCAAACUAUUUACAGUUGCAUGGAGAUGAUGUGUACUUCACAUUGGAGAACUCAUCGCAAGAUGGGUUUCAACCUCAGCAACGCGAUGGUAUUGGCGCUACUAAUACGUCAACGUCUAAGAUUCAAUCUAAAGCAGCUUUUGGUGCUGGGUCUAGAUAUGUGGAAUCAGAAAUUGAUAGCAAGUCCCAGAGAUUCAAGCUUCAAGAAUUGCCUGAAACAUGGUAUAGUCAGUUUUUUGAGAAGUACAAAGCUAGCAAACCCUAUAGGUUAUCCUUUGGUGAUCGAGAAAUGGACAAACGUACACCUGAACAGAUGUCCACUUAUCUAAGAGUUACUGAGAGGCUUAAGAGAAGGCGUAUAGUAUUUAAGGAAGAACAAAACCUGGGUUUUGGCAAUUCCAUUAUGGAAAAUGGAUCAAACAUGCGAUCAAACCCAGUGGUAGAUGACAGCGAUGCAAUUGAUGACGAGAUGUCAUUUUUCCCCGAAACAAUGUUUACACUGAAUUGUGUUCCUGAGAGUGCACUCUCUCCAAUGAAUCGAGUUAAAAACAACCAGAAAGUGGAGUUCAAUGGAGUUCUAGAUAACUUACCUCAGAUUAUGACUAGGAGCCCUAUUAUGAUUGAGAGGCUUGGAAUUAGACCAGAAUACCUUAGCAUGGAACAGGGAGGAAAUCAAGGUCGUGCAAAAAAUGGAUCAGAAGGGAACAAGAAACUUUGUACUAAGGAGCAAGCAUCACAGAUGUCUCAGAAGGUGAUUGCUCAUCUGCUAACAAGUGUGGGGUUUGAAUCUGCUUCAGAACUACCAAUGGAAGUCUUGUCUCAGCUUUUGAGCUGUCAUGUCUGCAAAUUAGGCCGUAUCUUGAAACUCCUUGCUGAUAGUUACAGGAAACAGUGCUCAGCCGUUGAACUACUUAAAAUGUUCCUUAAAACAGCAGGUCAUAGCAAUCUUGGGCCUUUGGCUGAGCUUGUGAAAGACAAUACCAGGAAUUCUGUACAACAAUCUCAGCUGCAAGCGCAAGGAAACCAGUUACAAUUGCAAUCACAGCAUCAAACCUCCAUUCGGCAACCACAGCAGAUUCCAAGACAAAUGCAUCCACAGUUGCAGCAGAUGGUUCAUCCCCAGAAUCUGGCUUUUCAGCAACCGCAGCACUGGGAAAGACUGCGAAGGCGCCAACCUUCGACACCUCGUCCUGGUGUGAAUAUGAAUAUGGAUAAGGAAAGACCCAUGGUGCAAGUCAAGAUCGAAAACCCAUCUGAUUUUCCUAUGGACAACAAUACCUUCAGCACAAUCAACACCACACAUCCUCAAACCCAAUUGCAACAGUAUCGGCAGCAGCAACUUGCUGCAAUGUCAUCUCUCCAGGCUCAAUCAGGCAAUCAGUUUAGGCCAAUGAGUCCCCUUCAGAUUCCUCAAACACCGAACAUGGGUAUGGCUAGGGCUCCACCAGUGAAGGUUGAAGGCUUUCAGGAAUUGAUGGGUGGGGAUGCUACACUAAAGCAUGAUUCGGAGGAGAAUAAGCUUACCUCUCCUCCAAAGUAAUGGCCAGGGAGAUGACCAAUUUCUAAUACACACGUUCUCAGGUGGAUAUAAUAGGUAUGUCUAAUGUAUUUGGCUGCAUUUUAUUUUUUUUGUAUAAUAAUUUUCUUUCUGCAUAUUUUCUUGUUAAGUCAUGCUUGGCAAGAAUGCUAGUAAAGAAUGACAUUGUUCUCCUAACCCUUCUGGACAUUUUGUUACGGUUGAGUAUCUCUGCUGGUUACU